AUGUAUGUGUACAAGAGGGACGGGCGUAAGGAGCCAGUCAAGUUCGACAAGAUCACGGCGCGGAUAUCGCGGCUGUGCUACGGGUUGGACCCAAAACACGUCGAUGCGGUGAAGAUAACACAGCGCAUCAUCUCCGGUGUGUACGAGGGUGUGACUACGGUGGAGCUAGACAACCUUGCGGCGGAGACCUGUGCUUACAUGACUACGGUGCACCCGGACUACGCCACUUUGGCGGCGCGGAUUGCCAUCUCAAACCUGCACAAGCAGACGACGAAGCAGUUCUCGCAGGUGGUUAGCGACCUGUACCACUACACGAACCCCAAGAACGGGCUGCACUCGCCGAUGAUUUCGGACGAGGUGUACGAGAUCGUGAUGGCGCACAAGGACGAGUUGAACUCGGCCAUCGUGUACGACCGCGACUUCCAGUACAACUACUUUGGCUUCAAGACGCUGGAGCGGUCGUACCUGCUGCGGAUAGACGGCAAGGUGGCGGAGCGGCCGCAGCACAUGGUGAUGCGUGUGGCUGUGGGGAUCCACGGUAAAGACAUCAAGAAGGCUAUUGAGACGUACAACCUGAUGUCGAUGCGCUACUUCACACAUGCCUCGCCGACGCUGUUCAACGCGGGAACGCCGCAUCCGCAGAUGUCCUCGUGCUUCUUGGUAGCGAUGAAAGAUGACUCCAUCGAGGGCAUCUACGACACGCUGAAGGAGUGUGCGAUGAUCUCCAAAACCGCGGGCGGCAUCGGGCUGCACAUUCACAACAUCCGCUCGACUGGCUCCUACAUUGCGGGUACUAAUGGUACAUCCAAUGGUAUCAUUCCUAUGGUGCGUGUUUACAACAACACGGCGCGGUAUGUGGACCAGGGCGGCAAUAAGCGGCCAGGUGCGUUUGCUAUAUACUUGGAGCCAUGGCAUUCCGACGUGUUCGACUUCAUUGAUAUUCGCAAGAACCACGGCAAGGAGGAAAUACGUGCCCGCGACCUUUUCCCUGCCCUGUGGGUUCCUGAUCUCUUCAUGAGAAGAGUCCAGGAAAACGGCGAUUGGACGCUAUUUUCUCCAAGCGAGGCACCAGGGCUAUCCGACGUCUGGGGCGAGGAGUUCGAAGAACUGUAUGAACGUUAUGUCCGUGAGGGGCGCGGAAGAAAGACAAUCAAGGCACAGAAGCUGUGGUACGCAAUUCUUGAGGCUCAAACAGAGACGGGUACUCCAUUUAUCCUUUACAAAGAUGCCUGCAACCGCAAGUCGAACCAAAAAAACCUCGGUACAAUCAAGUCGUCCAACCUUUGCUGCGAAAUCGUGGAAUACUCUUCUCCAGAAGAGACUGCGGUGUGCAAUCUUGCGUCGAUCGCCCUGCCUGCGUUCAUUGCGGAGGCAGCGGACGGCAAGACGCAGUGGUACGACUUCGACAAGCUGCACGAAAUUGCAAAGGUCGUCACUCGUAACUUGAACAGGGUCAUUGACCGUAAUUAUUACCCAGUAGAGACCGCAAAAAGGUCCAACAUGAGACAUAGACCAAUUGCAUUAGGAGUCCAGGGUUUGGCAGACGCAUUCAUGAUUUUGCGUAUUCCAUUCGACUCCCCUCAGGCAAAGGAGCUAAACAGCCAGAUAUUCGAGACGCUGUACCAUGCAGCCUGCGAGGCUUCUAUGGAGCUUGCCAUUGAGGAGGGCCCAUAUGAAUCUUUCAAGGGCUCGCCAGCCUCCCAGGGCAUUCUACAGUUCGACAUGUGGAAUCACAAACCAUCCGGCAUGUGGGACUGGGACGCCCUAAAGGCUAAGAUUAUCGAGCAUGGUAUGAGAAACUCUCUAUUGCUGGCACCAAUGCCUACUGCAUCUACUUCCCAGAUUCUCGGUUACAACGAGUGCUUCGAGCCAUACACAUCAAACAUGUACUCGCGUCGUGUGCUAUCCGGAGAAUUUCAGAUCGUCAAUCCCUACCUGCUGCGCGACCUAGUCGACCUGGGCAUAUGGGACGACUCCAUGAAGUCCCACAUCAUAUCCGAUAACGGUUCUAUUCAGGGACUGCCCAACAUCCCACAAGAGCUCAAAGACCUCUACAAGACCGUCUGGGAGCUCUCUCAGAAGACCAUAAUCGACAUGGCUGCUGACCGUGGUGCCUUUGUGGACCAGUCGCAGUCGCUCAACAUCCACAUUCGCGCCCCAACCAUGGGUCGCCUCACGUCCAUGCACUUCUACGGCUGGAAAAAGGGCCUGAAAACAGGGAUGUACUACCUGCGCACCCAAGCCGCCUCCGCCGCUAUUCAGUUCACCGUUGACAAAGCCGUCGCAGAGCAGGCUGCCAACAACGUCGCUGACCUUUCCCGGUUGCACCGUCCGCGCUACGUCCCGCAUGCCGUCGGUGUCUCCGCCGCCCCGGUCUCGGACAGCCCCCGCGCUGCAGCGCCAUCUUCUGCCGGUGAUAUCUCCUCCAUUUCCGCCAGCAUGGCCUCCCUAGAAGUUCAGGCCGCUCCUCCGGCCUCUUCUGCCACUGCCAUGUCAUCUGAACAGGCCUCUGAAGGCAAGCCUGCUGCCUCAGCUGAGUCCACUGUCACUGCCGGGUCCACCGUCACCGCUGAAUCUACCCUUACUGCAGAGUCCGACUACGACAUUUACAAUUCCAAGGUCAUUGCCUGUGCAAUUGACAACCCAGGCGCCUGCGAGAUGUGCUCUGGCUGA